CCUGCGGCUUGCGGCCCCGCCCCCUUCUCCCGCUCGGCCUGGCGAGCGGCUAAGCCCGCCUCCCGCUCCGGCCGGCCCGGGGGCCGCGUCCCCGGGGCACCCUCCGUCAGUCUAGGCCUCUGAGCUUCUGCUUGCCGGUUGUCGGCGGGCGGCCGAGGUACCCCCCUCCAUGGUGGGUUUCGGGGCCAACCGGCGGGCUGGCCGCCUGCCCUCCUUCGUGCUGGUGGUGUUGCUGGUGGUGGUGGUCGUCCUCGCCUUUAACUACUGGAGCAUCUCCUCACGCCACGUCCUGCUUCAGGAGGAGGUGGCCGAGCUGCAAGGCCAGGUCCAGCGCACCGAGGUGGCCCGCGGGCGUCUGGAGAAGCGCAAUUCGGACCUCCUGCUCUUGGUGGACACGCAUAAGAAGCAGAUCGACCAGAAGGACGCCGACUACGGCCGUCUCAGUAGCCAGCUGCAGGCCAGAGAGGGCCUGGGGAAGAGAUGCGAGGAUGACAAGCUUAAACUACAGAACAACAUAUCUUAUCAGAUGGCAGACAUUCAUCAUUUAAAGGAGCAACUUGCUGAGCUGCGGCAGGAGUUUCUUCGACAAGAAGACCAGCUUCAGGACUACAGGAAGAACAAUACUUACCUUGUAAAGAGGCUAGAAUAUGAAAGUUUUCAGUGUGGACAGCAGAUCAAGGAAUUAAGAGCACAGCAUGAAGAAAAUAUAAAAAAAUUAGCCGACCAAUUUUUGCAGGAACAGAAGCAAGAGGCCCAAAAAGUUCAAGCAAAUGAUGGAAAAGAUUUGGAAAUAAAUGAUCAUGUCGUACCUAACAAUAUUCCAAAAGAAGUUGAGAAUGCUGCAGAUAAGAAUGAAGAGCCCUCAAGCAAUCAUAUUCCACAUGGCAAAGAACAAAUCAAACGAAUUGGUGAUGCAGGGAUGCCUGGAAUAGAAGAGAAUGAUGUAGCAAAAGUCGAUGAACCGCCUGCUGCUUUAAAGAAGCCCCCUGUUUUAGUUUCUCCACAUGGAAGCCACCAAGCAAUCUCUCAGCUUCCAACUGGACAACCUCUUUCCCCAAAUAUGGCUCCAGAUUCACAUGUAAACCACAAUGGAAACCCUGGUACUUCAAAACAGAGCCCUUCCAAUUCCAAUCCUCUUCAACGUUUACUUCCAGGCUCAAACAUGGAGAGUGGACCCAGAAUUCAACCAGAUGUACUAAAGCAGGCAACUAAGGGCAGAGUCAGUGAUUUCCACAAACUGAAGCAAAGCCGAUUCUUUGAUGAGAAUGAGUCCCCUGUUGAUCCGCAGCAUGGCUCUAAACUGGCGGAUUAUAAUGGGGAUGAUGGUAACGUAGGUGAGUAUGAGGCAGACAAGCAGGCUGAGCUGGCUUACAAUGAGGAAGAAGAUGGUGAUGGUGGAGAGGAAGACGUCCAAGGUGAGCGUGGGCCUGGCAUCCAUGCUGUGACCGAGAAACGCACCUCUCAGUUGUUUGGUUGAAUUUGUAUAGAACUUUGGCCUUAUUAG